AUGGUCAAGAUCCUUCUAAGCUGCAACACCGACACCUACGAGUUUGCUUCUGAUAUCAGAGAAGAUAUACAGGAACAACUUGGAUUCAAAGUCGCUCUCGAUGUCGAAGACGAAUCACAAAACGACCCUGUUGACGACGGGUUUCAAGAAGAACUCGAAGAAGCGGCAGUUGUAUUAGUCUUUCAAAUCGGAGACGAGAGUAUUUCCGCAUGGAUCAUGAUCGAGGAAGCUGAUGACAAAUUCUCGGAAGAAUGCAAAUAUGAAGAGACCAUGUUUCCAGAAAUCAUCGACUUUUCGAAAUCCUUCCAAAGAGGAAUCAAAAUAUUGCGACACAUCCUGGUGAACGAUUUCGGUCUAGUCGUGAGACCGAUCCAGGACAACACACAAGCGCCAACCGUUGUCCAGCACAAGCAAGUUGGGCAAUUGUCCACAUUACCCAUCAUGGAUCAAUUGACCAAAGGAGAACAAGAACUUGAAACCGCAAAAGCUGCCUGGUCAAUGGCAUCGGAAAACAAACCAGGACUAAUAAAGAAAUUCACCAAGCUAUUUGGCAAAUCCAGACGCCGAUUGUCGCAAUAA